AUGGAGCCAGCAAUAGCCUCCGUAUUCUCUCUUCAGGAACCUGGGAAAAGUGAUACUGCAGGAUAUACAGGGGACUGCACUUUGAGUGACAACGAGGAGAGAGACAUCCCAGGACACCUUAAGCAGGAUGUACUGCCUCAGCUACCUGAAGCCCACAGCCCAGACUGGGGGGCAGCCUGUAAUAAACCCCCUCAACAAAGAAGAGGCUCCAAGAAACAUGCCCUCAUCACUGAUGGUCAGAAACCACAGACAGAAGAGGAACAAUACAAGUGUACAGAAUGCGGGAAGGUCUUUAAGGGGAACUCCCGGCUCCUGAACCACCUCCAAACCCACACAAGAGAAAAAAUGUUUGAGUGUGUAGAAUGUGGGAAGAGCUUUAACAGGAAGGCCAACCUGGUGGUGCACCAGAGAAUCCAUACAGGGGAGAGGCCUUAUAAGUGCGAGGAAUGUGAGAAAACCUUUAGCCGUACCUCAAACCUUAUCGCUCACCACAAAACCCAUGCAAAAAAGAAAGCCUGCUCCUGUACCACGUGCAGGAAAAGGUUUAGUGGAGGUGCAGCUCUCUUCCAGCAUCAGAGAGUCCAUGUGGCUGAGAAGCCGUAUAGGUGUACAAAGUGCGGAAAUAGCUUCUGUCUGUGCUCAAACUUAAUCAAAGAUCAGCAGAUUCGUUUGAGGGAGAAACCCAGUGAACACACCACAGAUGCAAACCAUUCUGAAUUUACAUCUCUGCAUCGUAAAGAAGAGGAAAAAUGUGGUGCAGAGAAAUGUGAGACUGAUCACUCGAAUCUUGUUCUUGAAGAGU